AAAAAAAAAAGGUGCAACGGUUAAAGUAUGUUAUAGUGGGGGAUAGAAGAGUAAUUGAGGAGUGGAAAUAUAUUCGUGGCUCUGGACUGAGCAUCUGGCUACCAGAGGUCUUCACCAGACAAAUACUUCUGCUGCUUCAGAGUUACGGUUCCUGGGUGUGAAUCUGCCGGGGCCUCACCAUGAUGCAGAGGCAGAAUGACGGGAUGAACAAAGACGCGGUCCUUCCAUUAAUUCAACAGAAAAAGCCUUUGUCGUGGAAUUUGAAGAUCAAGAAAAAGCUCCAGUGUGUGCCUGCCUGUCUGGGCAAGUUCAGGCCGACUGUGGGCCAGUGUUGUCAACAAUGCACCCCCGACAGCCUGCGCAAGCUCGGACAAAACGCUUUCCUCGGCUUCAGCAACCCGCUGCGUGUUAACGAGACUCAAACCAGAUAUCGAGGCUGGCUGGUGCGGAGGGUGUGCUGCGUCCUGUUUGUGAGUGGGUGCAAGGUUUACGGGAGUCCUGUUAACAACAGGCUAGAGAGAGUCUGUCAGAGCAACAGGGUGAAAGAGACGCUCGCAGCAGAGCAUAAAGCACUCGAGGGGGGAGACUGCCACGGGCUGCUCGAUCGCCUCUCGCCAUUCCUCCCCCUCAUUAACACCUGCAUUUCCUCUUGCCUCUUAAGAUUCGUGGGCUGGACGAUGCUGAAGACCUUUGCUUUGGUGUUUGACAACGUUCAAGUUAACCUCAACCAUCUGUCGGCGUUGCACAAAGCUUCACGAGAGGGAUCCCUGCUGGUUUAUGUGUACGUGCGUCAGAGCGCCGUGGACUGCGCUCUCAUCCCUCUCGUGCUCCUCUGUCACAACCUGAGGGCACCGUACACCGUUUGUCCUCUCCAGAUUAACAGCGCCUCUAUAAGAUCACUCCUGCAGAAAAUAGGUGUCGUCCUCCUGCCUCCAUCUGCGCCGACGGAGCAGGACGCCGAGGCAGACAGUCUGUACUCGUCUGUCGUGACCUCUCUGGUACGUGAGCUGCUACAUGAGGGCCAGGCGUUAAGUGUUGGUGUGUCAGCGGAGUCUGGUCAGGGCGGCCAGUGGCUGGCUCGCAUCAGGCAGCUCAUCAAAGAGGGAUCUGUCUCCGAUGUCAGCCUGAUCCCCGUGGGCAUCUCGUACGACUGCGUGCCCAAGACCGACACCCCGGUCGGUUUGGGAUGCGUGUUGCGGUGGCUGCGGUCUCUGCUCUGGAGAGGACCAGGAGGAAGUGUGAGGAUCCACCUCAACCAGCCCUUUUCUCUCAAGGAGAUGUGUGAUUCAGGGAGGUGCAGAGUAGAUGAAUGGCUCCCUCUACAGGACCUGUUGCUUCCUGUGAUCCUCAACAACAGCGACUGUGUGUUCGGCCAGAGGAGCAUGUCGUGGCUCCUGCCUUCUUCUCAUUAUGCUUUUGAACGUGAAAAGCCAAGUCAUGCAGACAGAAACCUCAACGCCGCUAUUAUCCUCCACCUCAUCUUCUCUGUAAAUUCCUCCUCGGCUGUGAUGUCCACCAGUCUUCUGUCCAGUCUUUUGCUGCACAGACACUCCAAGGGUGUGCGUUCAUCUGUCCUGUGUCGUGAUGUGGCCUGGCUCACAGAGGAAAUAUUGUUCAGGAACAAAGACGUCGGUUUUGGGGGAAGUUUGGUGGAGGUUGUCCACUAUUCCCUCUCCCUUCUUGCCCCUCACCUCAUCGUAGCUACAACAGCUCCCGGGAAGGACCUUCUCAUUUUCCCCCGUCCUUCUCUUGCUGCCACCCUGCACCUCGCCCUCCAGGCUCAGGCCGUCACACACACCUUCAUACUGGAAGCUGUUGGGGCGUGUGCGGUGUCGGCCAUGCUGUACGACGUGGCUCUCAGCGGCAUCGGCAGCAGAGUGAGGAGUGACGUCGCGGAGGGAGACGAGGUCAGAGGUGGCCUGGAGUUUGACGUGGUGCUCUGCCAGACCGAGUUGACUGAGCGAGCCUUGCAGCUCUGCCAUCUUCUGCCUCCGGGCUUCAUGCCACCAUGUCAGUCGUCCCAUAGCUUCGCCCUGGAUGCCAUCGACAGUCUGGUGCGCUGUGGUGUCCUGAUCAUGGAGGAAAUCCCCAGAGACGUUCCUCUCUGUGAUUUCUGGAAGGAGGACGGCGCCCUGACCUGGACCACCACCGACGACCCCGAUCACAGCGACUCUGACUGCGAGGACCAGGGACAGCGCUCGUACAAGAUAAGUCAGCCAAGCCAGUGUCCGGACAUGCUCUUCUUUCUCUGCGGUAUGCUGGCUGGACAUCUGAGGGCGCUGUCCUGGACCGUGAAGGGACUGGACCUCAUGCACGCUCCUCUGGCUGAGGCUGAGUUUGUGGCUCAGAUACACUCCUAUCUCUGUGACACAGCAAACGAGAAGAAGCAGCACUACGAGAGCUGCUCGGAGGAGGCGGCGCACACUGCAGUUAGAACACUAAUAGACCUGGGGGUCCUUUCGGAGGAGCGUCAGAACGAAGGCGUCUUCCUGGGCGUUAGUCCUUUGUUCCAGUUGUCAGAGAACAGGCAGAAACUGAACCGCUUCGUCUCACAGUACCUCUACAAUUAACGUGUUUAACUGAGCAGCGUGACUCAAGACCUCUCAGACGCCGCUUUAUUUUGUUGCAGAGUCUGGCCUCGUCCUCCGUUUGGUUGUGGGAGAAGCUCGUGUUCGCCGUUAAAACAGGAGACACACGCUGAGCGGGGACGCUCGUGUCUUUAGAUUAAUUGCAUUUUGAUGUUUCCAAUGAUGAGGCAUUGAUUUUAAGUUCAUCUUUAGUGAUAGCAUUAGCAUAAAGCCGCAGGAGAGGAGGAUUAUGAAGUCCCCCGUAAUCAGUAGUGAGGACUCGGUGUAGGAUGAUGCUGUUCGCCGCAGCUUGUUUAUGUUGCAAUGGAAGCUGCUCGAGUUUUGAUUUGUUCCAUGUGAGGAUGUUUAAGUUGUUUGUUCAAGAUAAAUAACGUUCACAGUGAUAAUAAAAACGCGUGCUCUUAA